AUGGAAUCUAUCACAACCGGAUUUGAAGCAUAUUGGUUCCAAUUCGUUGAUUAUUGGGGUGAAGAUUUUCUCCUUAAGUACGGAACCUUUUUCGUUCAUCAAAUUUUCUAUUUCGCCGCCUACAUCCCAUUCUUUUUAUGUGAUUUCAUCCCAGCUUUCCAAAAGUAUAAACUUCAACCAACCAAGAGAAACGAUUUCAAGACCCAAUUAAAUUGUUUAGCAAAGAUCUUCUUUACUCAUGUUUUCGUCCAACUACCAAUGAUAAUUGUAUUUCAUCCAGCGAUCCAAAUGCUUGGAUUCCGUUCAAGAGUACCUCUACCAUCAUUGCCAAAUUUAAUUUUCGUGUUGGCAGUGUCAUUCCUCCUCGAAGACUUUUACUUCUAUUGGAUUCAUCGUUUGCUCCACCAAGGUUUUUGGUAUAAACACAUCCAUAAGAUUCAUCACGACCACUCUGCACCAUUCGGUAUCACAGCCGAAUACGCCCAUCCAAUUGAGACAUUGCUUCUCGGAGUUGGUACCUGUCUCGGUCCAUUCCUCCUGACUCGUGAUCUCUUCACCCUCUGGUCCUGGUUGGCUAUCCGUCUCUACCAAACCGUCGAGUGUCACAGCGGUUACGAUUUCCCAUGGAACCCAACCAAUUUCAUUCCUUUCUGGGGUGGUUCUCAUUUCCAUGAUUUCCAUCAUGAAACCUUUGUUGGAAAUUAUUCAUCAACUUUUACCUAUCUUGAUAAAUUGUGUGGUACUUCAGACAAAUACUACCAGAGAUUAACAAAGAGAAAUGAAAACAAAGAACAGAAACAAAAGUAA